AUGGCCGCUCUCUCUCUCUUCCUUGACGUUCCACUCACCAGGGAAGUGAACUGGCUCCUGGAUGCCUACCAGGAGGAUCCAUCCCCUGACAAAGUGUACCUUGACCACAGGGACUGCCAGACUGAAAUGGGCAAAGCGUGGGUCUGCCCAACCGUGAGACAGACCCUGCUGCAGAUCGCCAGUGACCCAACCCUGGACCACGAGUACCUCCCAGUGCUGGGGUUCCCUGAGUUCACCAGGGCAGCUACCGAGCUGGCGCUUGGCAGGGAGAGCCGUGCUGUGAUUGAGAACAGGCUAUUGCUUUUCUCCACCUUGCUCACCAGCAGUUUGAAUGGAGCCCUUGGGGGCGUUAGCUCUUCACAUGAGAACGACACUAUGAAGAAAUCACAGGGUCACCGCUGUGUUCUGGACAGCCUCCGGUGUAUAUUCCAAGAUGUCGGCUUUACAGAGAUCCAGCCCUACCAUUACUGGGACACUGUGAGGCUGGCUGUAGCCAUAGAAGGAUUCCUGGAGGUGCUGGAGAGUGCCCCGGACUGCUCCAUAGUUGUGCUGCAUGCUCCUGAGGAAACCGGCCUGACUCCCAAGCAGUGGGAAGAAGUUGCCAGGGUCAUGGGGAGGAAGCGCCUCUUCCCCUUCUUUGACAUCCCGGCUCAGGGGCUGGCCUCCGGAGACCUGGACAGAGACGCCUGGGCUCUGCGACACUUUGUGGCCCAAGGGUUUGAGCUCUUCUGUGCCCAGUCCUUCUCGAAAACCUUCGGCUUAUAUGAUGAGCGCGUGGGGAACCUGAUUGUGGUGGCGAGGGACAAUGAGACGCUGGUGAGAAUCCGCUCCCAGCUGCAGAAGCAAGUGAUGGGAAUGUGGGCCACUCCUGCCAGUUUGGGAGCCCGGGUCAUCACCACGGUGCUGAACAACCCGGCCCUGUUGAACAAGUGGAAACAGAGUCUCCGGAUGCUGGCAGAGAAGAUCAUGCUGAUCCGGGAGAAGCUGAAGGAGAAGCUGCGGAUCCUGGGUACACCUGGCUUCUGGGACCACCUCACGGCCCAGUCAGGGACCCGCAGCUUCACCGGGUUGCUCUCAUCCCAGGUGGCUUUCCUAGAGAAGCACAAACACAUCUACCUUCUCGGGAGUGGCCAGGUCAGUGUCUGCAGCAUCAACUCACACAACCUGGACUACGUGGCCCAGAGCAUCAACGAGGCCGUAAGCAGCACGGAGGGCAGGGCACAAGGCCUGAGCUGGGCAGAGAUGGAGUGA